AUGCCGUCUGUGGAAGGCAUCAUUGUAUUUACAACCCCCGAGGAGGCUCGAGAUCUCGUGUGGGUGGCUCCUUCCUACCCAUCGACGCGAUCUAAAGGGGGUGAAAUCCAUCCCAAAGAAACCCCCACUCAUGGUAAAUUCUCUUCUCGACCAGGAAACAGGUUAAGUCCGGUGUCCGAGCGAUAUCAUUCCCGCGCCGGUGAGGCGGUAUUACGCCAUUAUCGCACCCUUCUCACGUUGCUUCGUCAACGCCUUCAAUACGAGGCGGGGGCCUGCGAUGGAUAUUCUGCAAAUACGCUAACGAUCGAUUAUUCUUUUAUUAAAGCACUUUUACCGUGUUCAAAGACAGCAAGGGGAUUGAAAAAGGAUCCAUGGACGUGGGAAAAUGUUUAUUUAGCUCACAUUGAGGAAGAGGGGUGUAAGAGGCAAGCGUCGGCGUAUUUCAUCGACGUUGGGGAUAUUUAUACGAUAGAAAAUGAACUACAACGCUGUGGAGAGUCACCAGAGAGGGACGUAUGCAAUAGAAAACACGGAAAAGAAUCGCGUAAAACGUUUGAUAAUUUAAUUUCGCAGGGAAGUAAAACGCUAAAGCAUGCCGAAAGCGGUUGUCCUUUGAUGAAAGCGAACUCGAUCCUUGUUAAGGAAGUGUGUGUUGAAACAAAAGGAGUGCGGACGAUUAUAGAGGCGGCGCGAUAUCGUUUUUUUACCCUAAUGAGUUGCCUCCCAGCGGAUGAAUGUAAACCAUCAACGCAACGCGACGCUGUGGAAUUCCCCAAGGUGAUUGUAGUGGUGUUAUGCGAUGAGGACUUUGCGCUUUUCGCAUCCGCGGAUGCCAUUUUUCCCUUACCCCAACUAUGGUCUACCUUUGCCAAUUCCGAAGCUUCAGCAUCGGCGCCGAGGGAUCCAAAGAAACGGUCCUCUAAUAUGGACACCGCGAAUUCUUUUGGGUUAAAGCGGGGCUCUUUUACGCCCAAAGGCUAUCCUCGGAUUUUUCCCAUACCUUACUCUGCUGAACCGCGAGAUUCUCAAACAAAUGCCCCUCCCUUGACGCCACCGAGGUGGAUGCUUGCGAAGGAAGAGAGUCAUCCUCGCUUUCCCCCCGGCGUUCAAGUUGUUCGAAGCGCUUUUGUGGUUUCCUCGCUUCAUUUCGGAGUUUGGUGUGUGCCGAGGGAUUUUAUAUGGGGCCUGCAUCAUUCUCAUGAUGGGGAUUCUAUCACCCACGCCAAAGUCAAGCCACCGGGAGGACUGAAUGGUCUUGAUCAGCUGAUUCACGACUCUUUGGCGGCAUGUCUGCAAAACCCUCUUGCAGAAUCCAUCCCUACUCGACAUCCCUUGCGGCUCAGAAAAUCAUUAUCCAAACGGUCGUCUAGAAAGGAUCCACUCUUUACGGAUUCCCCUUUUUCACCCCAUCAAUUGCCAUCUGAAAACGGAACGAUUUGGACGUCGCUUUAUGGCAGUAAGUUGCUUUCCCCUUGGGGGUGGAUAUCACAGGCCGAGUUGGGGCUGGUAUGGAAAACCAUGCUUGCCAAAAUGUCUUCUUUUUCUCUCACAAAUGCGGAAGAUCAUCUGCCUUCUUUAAACACCGAAAGUCCUGCACUGCGGCAAUCUAAUUCGAUUUUUCAUGAGAAUGUGGAGAGGAUUCUGCGAGAGAUCGAUGAGCGAUAUGUCCAGGGGAUCAGAAAUAAAAUCAGGAAAUACAAUUGGCCACAGCUUGAUGAAGAGUCUUCCGACUCGCUGUGGGUUUGCCAGAAAGUCUUACGGCAGCAGUUACUAUUUUCUGAUAAAAUGAUCUUCCCGCCGAACGACUGGGAUUCGACAUCGCUUUAUACAACUUGUCCAUCGGAUUUUCAGCAGCACAUUUUCGAGCAGUUGCGAUAUCUUGAAAGUUCACCCGAUGCGGCGGUUUCUAAGAUUUUGUGCGCCUUUAGAGGGUUGUUGAACCGUCCAUUCUCCUCAUUGCGCAAACGCGCUCGCCAUUCUGAUUUUUAUCUUCCAUUUCCUUCUUUGGACUUCAGUUCAAAAUGGCUUCGCCGCUUUGUUCAGGCUCCCUGUAUUCCACUGACGUCCUUGACCGAUGGGGCGAAAAUUCCUCCGAUGAAGCGCCAAACGAGUCUUCCAAAGGCACCCCAUACUAGUUCUGGUUUCGCGCCGUGUUUUAAUGAAUCUGCAAAGGAGGAGGAUGAGGGAAAGACUCCUGAAUUAGCCGAUUUUGCCCAUCUCGUCCUUUUGAUGAGCGCCUUGCCCGAUCAGCGUAUGAGGGCUCCCAUACGAACUAUGGAAUCGUCUGACGCGUGUGGUAUUUUUUCCUUUUUUACGGCGCCUUCUUUAGGUCUUUUGGAUAAUACUGAAGGUCGGGCGAUGGCGGCUGCCGCGAAUGCCUUCUUUUUUGAUAAAGUUGAAAAUACCGAUCCGUCGGCCCACCCUGAAGGGGAACAGGAAAAGGGCAUAUCGAUUAGCGAAAAAGCCUUCAUUAAUACAGGGGAUUUCUUAUCGCGGCGUGAGGGGGAGGAUUCAUCAGCGGCGCUUCCCUACGAAAAAGAGAACGACCUUGAGGAUUAUUUAGUAUAUUUACGGCGAAAGGCGGUGUACUUUGCGGUAGAAAUUGAUCAGCCUAAUACACGGCACCUCAUUCGCCUUUUGGAAUGCUUCUUGAAUACCUCAACCGAGCGCGUCGAGGAGGAGGCGGCGACUUUCAAUGAUAAUAAGGGAGGUGCAAACAUAUCUAAAUUGCCUUUCAAUCAUUUAGGCGCUUUUUGCCAAGCCGACGUGGAUGAUCCAGCCGCGGCUUUACCACUUCCCUUCCAGCUUCCGCCGCCGGUUUUGGCUGCUCUUCGACAAUACUGGGAACAUAUUGCGGAGGAGGCAAAUUCUAUUCUGGAAGAUUUAUUCAACGAGGAAAUUUCGGAGGGGGAGGAAUGCCAUCCCGAAGAGGCUCAUAAAGAGCGAAAUAACAUUGUGGAGGAGGAAUGUGCCGCUGCCGGUUAUUUUUUUUCCUCUCAUAACCAUCACAGUGGGAAUAAUAUCUACUAUACCGAUGAUGAAGAAGAGGAAGGGGGAGCCGCGAUAAGCUCGAAAGCGCCCAUAACAAGUUUUGAAACCCGAAGAUUUAACUUCAAAGAGGCUUGGAGGCCGUUGACCGGGUUGGAGGCCUUAAAACUUUAUAUGCAGCUGAUGGUGGCCGGGGCAUCACCCGUAUUGACAGAUGGGGAUAAUUCAAUAGCUUCCCCUGAAAAUGAGAAGAUGGACCGAAUACGUCAAUCUGAUAAAAGCCCCAAUGUAAAUGUAAGAACGACAAUAAAUCAGACAAGCGCAGCUGAUGCGCAUUGGUUGCGGCAUGCGUUGUUUAUCCUGAGCUACGGUGCCGGCGAUUCUUUAGAAUAUCUACAGCCAUCGGGCAUUGUUGAAAUGGCCAAAAAAAUUCUAGAAAGUAAAUUAGGUGAAAAUGUUCUUAAAGCUGAUCCUAAUGACAAAUUCAAUAGCAUUUCCAAGAAAAAAAAGAGAACGAUGAGAUGCGCGAUACAAAGAAGCCUCCUCGGAGCGAAUUGA